AUGGAAAUCCCAAAGUUACGUUUAGAAUUCACGCCACCUAAGUUUUCUACCCCUGUAUUUGAAUCUGCCCCUUUUUCUCCUUAUGAUACUAUGGAAGAGCUCAACUUACAGGCCCAAACAAUUUUUUCUACCCUUGAUAAGCUCCAAGCCGAAGUAUCUUCUAAAGAAACUAUUGAAAAUCUCAAAGAAGAAAUUUUAAAUUUAAUUUCAGGCUGGGAAGACGCAUUUGAAGCAAAAAUCCGAACAAGCCAUGUAAAAACCCCGUCGCCUAGGAUUAAUUAUGCGAAAAAUCAGAAUGAACAGCAGUUAAUUGAUCAAAUUGCUCAAAUAGAAGACGAGUAUCAGCUGAAGAUUAAUGAGCUUGAAAAGAGGCUUAAAGAAUCUGAAGAGCUGAAGUCGAAAAUCCAUUCAGAUUUGCAAGAAAAACUUAAAGAAAUUGACCAUGAUUUAGAUGAAAUUAUAUUUCAUUAUAAGCUGAAAUGAAAAAAAGUUCCUGUUUUGGGAAAUAUUUUGCAGGAUCUUUUUAGCCCGGAGGAGCUUGAAGAGGAAGGACGAAUUGCCCUGGGGGAAGAAAGGGUUGCAAAAGAAAUUAAAAUUACAAAGCUGGAAGCGAGUAGAGAUGAAAAUUGGGAUAUGAAUGUAGAUUCAGAAGACAGCUCAGGGCCACCUAGUAGGCUGGAAGGGUCAGGAUUAAUUUUUUAUAACAAAUUGCAUGAUUUGAGUUCUUAAUCAUAAUCUUUUAGAUUGGCACUGCUGUUACCAAGACCUAUAAAGCGGUUCAUCCACUUUGUGACGCUGUCAGCCAACCUGGGUUUGAAUUAGGAAGACUCCCAACGAGAAAGGAUCGACACAUUCUUGCCCUUGAAGCCAUGGCACAUCCGAAGUCUUUGCUCUUUCUCCUGCCUUACAAGUGUUGAGUGGGCAGACUAUGGACUUCUUCAUCUGCUGCUUGGGAUUUCCAUACAGAAAAUGGAAUCUUAGCAGAAGUCUGCAAAAGGGAAAAGUUUGUAGCUGGGCGUAACUCCAGUUUCACGCUAUAUUGUCCGCAGACCUUACUGAGCCUUCCCUUUCCAACUCCAAAAUUAGAGGUAAAAAUCCAAACCUGAAAGUGGGCUUGGGCUAGUCUCCAAAGCGGCAUAAAAUUGCGUACCUAACUUCGCUGUCAAUUUCUGAACUGGAAAAACCUUGUAAAAUAUAUCUAAGCGGUGUCUCAGCUCGGAUCUCCCAGCCAUGCAGUCUCGAGCUGAUAUUUAAUUUUGCUUGAUUUGAGAUCAAAACUCUACAAUUUUCGACACCAUGAUAUAGAAGACGGAUCUCUAAAACUAGGUUUAGAUGAAGGGUUUAUUGAAAGCUUGCCUAUUUCAAUGAAAUCUUUAUCUAAUGCUGAGUCUCUGAAAUUCACAAAUUUAUUGACUGGGCUAAAAUCAAGAGAUAGCAGCUUGUUGAUAGAGCCAAAAUAUGGUAAAACUUGUGGAGAUGUAAAUAAACCUAUAUAUGAAAAUACCUCAGAAGUUACUCCACAAGCUGGGAUAGUAUUUAAUGGAAAAGCUAUUCUCUCUAUAGAUACUCUAAACUUUAAAAAACAUGCCAAUACACUUUUUCUGCAAGAAAUCUUUUAUAUCAAUUUAACCAAAAUUACCCAUUUUUCUCAAUAGGCAUGUGCAAAAUAUUUUCCCAGAAAAUAUCUUAAGCGUCGAAGAACAAGAAAGAUUUGUAAUGACAUUAAUUGAAAACGAAGUCCCUGAAGGAAAUGAUGUCUGCCUCGACGAUUUAUUAGACAUAAGCCGCUCAGACCAAGGUUUUCCUGAAAAGCCAAGCCCAAUCGGAAACACUGACCAAAGCGUUGAUGAAACUUCACUCGGCAGCUUUCUACAAGCAAGCUACGUAAAAAACGACAUUAACGAUACCCUAAAUUUAUCAGGGACCCUCACAUUUAAAAACAGAGACGAAGAAAAAAUUGAAGUGAUUAAAAAAGAAAGCGUGCUUGAACUCAGUGAACUCUUACAAGAAAAAUCAUUUUCUGAGAAAAAUGCAUCAGAAGAAAUUAAUUUAUCAGGGAUUCAGUCAGAUUUUUCGUCAAAUAAUAAUUUUUUGGAAAUAAACAACCAUCAAAAUUUGAUAAAAAAAGAAUUAAACAUUUCAAAUGAAUCAAGCAUUCCGUUUAUACAGGACUCCAGUGUAUCAUAUUUAUCAGAUAAUAGUGGAACUUCCCACGAGAGAGGAAGCAAGAAAAAGUUCAAAAAGAAAAAUUUGCUGCAUAGACCGAAAUUAGAUGACAAAGAAGAAGAUUCAAUGUCAUCAAUUUUCCCGCCAUUGUCUAUGGAUAGCUCUAAAGCUGAGAAAAAAAGACCAAGACUUCCAGUUAUUGCAAUGAAGCCACCUCCUACAGAGCCGCCUAAGCAUCGCUAUCUUAAUCUACGAGGCCGAUCUUUGCAGCCUAUUGCUUCACCUAAAUCUAUCGUGCCAGCACCUUUUCUAGAUCCGAAAUUUUUGUCACCUAGCCCUGUCAGUAAGUUUCGCAUACAAAGAUACAAAGACCUCGGCAGGCCUUUCCAACAUAUUGAUUUGCCAUUUGGUUUUGUACCACAAGAGCCUAAAUAA